GGGUCAGUAUGUGUGAAGAGGUGUGGCUUUAGUCUGGACUUGAAUAGUAGACCUACGCUAUUUUUGCAUUGUAAACACAUUUUUUUUUUUUUUUUAUGUUUUCCCAGAUUAACAGUGUUAUGCAGCCCAGGCCUAUCUAGCCUACUGCAUAAAUUAUAUUUGUUAGCUCACAGCAUCACAAGAUGACGUAGGCAACAUAAACACUUACAAUUAAAGUAAGAUUGUGCAGGUGAUCGAAAUGGAUGAAGAAGACAAGGUAAAUAUAGUGAGUUAAUAAAAUGAAACGGUGUAGCCUUCAGCGUUGUAGGCUACUGCCUCCACCCGCAGGCCCAGGCUUUAGUGCCCCUGCAUAGGUCAAUACAAGCGUAGAAGCCACGGGACGAGUCCACGUUGCAGCUCUCACUUUCUCUCGCUACGGUAUGGCUUACAAUAACAUAUUUGGUGGGGUUUGGCAGCCAAUAACAGGAUUUGAUUGAAAAGCUGGUUUUGAUUGGGACUAAAUCAAAGAAUAGAACGAUAUUGAAAUGAAUAUUAUUAACAAAUACUUCCUAGAAGAUGUUGACUAGCGUCUAAGAUUUUUGGUUCGACCUAAGGCUACUAAUGACUAGGACAGACCAAUCAACUGGAUCCUACACAGUAUGCCUACAUGUCGUACCUAAAUAAACCCACAAGAGAGACAAUAUUGCAAAGGCAGAACCACAUGUUUCUGUCUUUUGACCAAUGAUUGGUUUUGACCUGCGGAGAGUGAUGAAAUUAUGGGCAGUGUAAUUGUUCGAUUGAAGGCGUAGGGGUAGGCUAUCGAAAACGUUUGACGGGGAAAUCUCUCUCAAUAUUGGCUAGUCCUACUGAAUGGGCAAGUAACCUUUCCCGCGCUCCUCCCAAAAAUACUAUUUGUGAUGUCAUAAAGGUCUAACGUUCCAUGACGUAGCAUGUAGCCCAAAAUUACAGUCCCUGCCUGCAAUAUUGUCUGCACACUCGACUUGAACUCAACUUGAAUGAUUUUCGAGAUAUAAAAUAGCUUGAAUGGAUGAAGAAAAUGUAGGUUAAAUGACUUCAUAUAAUAUUGGGGGAAAGUAAAAAAGAAAGAAAAAAGUAAUCUAAACUGAUAUUUCUUGUAAAAAGCUAUAAUAUAUUGCAAAACAGAUGUACCAUUCUCUAUAAAGUCAAUCACCAGCUUAGCUCUGAUAUGGCUGUAGCUCUAUUUAUGAUGUCCUAUGCAAAGAUCUACUCUGACGUUGACCUAUUAUUACCUAUUGGAAUGUCUGUCCUUCAGGUAGUACAGAGGGAGGAGGGUGAUCCUCAGAGGGAAGGACAGGAAGUUGUUGAGGAAGAACCGGUGGCCCCGCCCAAGAAGGAGGCCAAGAAGGGAAGGAAGGCAAAAAGGAAGAGUAGUGGCAAGAAGUCAGGGAAGCAGGGCACCAACAACGAUGCAGUCUCCAGGAAUAAACACCUGGACAGAGGAUCUGUAAUUGAGCUCCUGGAGACGAAAGCAGUUAAGGCUGCAUUUGGCCCAGGCAACAAGGAUGAGAUGGAGUACUCCUACCCAAUCCUCAUCUCAUUCCUGCGCAAUCUUACUGAUGAGCAGUGGCAAGUGAUCUACAAAGGACAAAAAAAAACCUAUGACGAAGGAACAGCUUGCCAAAUUGUGCAAGACAAUUGUAACCUUCAUCACACAGACCACCCUGCAGAUCCUGCUGCCGGCCCUGGCCGGCGUACUGGGGGUGACGGGCUUUGCUGAGGACGAAACUGACUCAACCAAGAGGGGCGGCAGUGCAAGAUCCUUUACAGCCUUUGAUCAGGAAAGACUGGAGCUCAUCCAGGAAGUUAAAUAUCUGCCGAAGAAGUUGUAUAAGGGCGGCACAGGGGCUCAACGUCUCAGGUCCCUAACACCCUCUUCGAAGAGUUCCCAGACCUCAGUGAAAGUCCACCUGGGAAUGCCAGAGGACAGAAUCAUCAAAAGUGUCCAGGAGCAACUCUCUGACCAUAAUAUCCUGUCCUCUUGCCCACCUGAGCUGACCGUUGGUCUUAUCAAGGUGGUGGUCAAACAGCUUAACUUGGCCCUCUCUAUGACUAUCAGCAGAGCCAUUUCAGGGCGGUCCUCCCCUAUUGCUUCUGGUACCCAGGCCGCUGAACAGAUGGUCAACAUGGUCCAGAAGUGUUUUGAUGAUCAUGCCACUCCAGAGGACCAGAGCUCCACCUCUGAAUUAGAGUCGUGCAUUCCACCUGCAACAGAAGAGGUGAUGACUGUUAUCGCAGACAUGGUGGAUGAAUUGGAAAAAGAAGAUCCGGAAUUGGCUAAGGUGCUUCGAGAAGUGGCUGUGAAAGUUAAAAUGUUGGCAUCUGGCAGUGACCUUGCAGUGGAGCACCUGGAUGCUCAAGACUCUCCUGUUCCAGAGGAGCUGAACAUAAUAUGUACAUCUUGCAAUGAAAUGACGCAAAAUCUUGGCACUCUGUUUGGUGCAAAGUUCAAGACCAAAGCCUCAAAGGCUGUGAGUGAAAUUCUUGUGAGAAGGUUUAGGAGCGGUAUCUCUGGUAUGGUUCAACCUUCUCAUUCGUUUAGUACCACUCCA